CCACGAACAUCUUCUUAUCAUCUUUGGUCCUUCGAUCAAAUCAUGAUAUAGACACUCCAACAUGGAUCGAUUUCAGCCCAUAGACGCUUCAAAUUCGUCUUUGGGCGCUCACUUGUACCCUUCAGAAGAAGUGUAUCUCCUCACACCAGGUGUAGGAUUGUAUUCUGGGCCGGUAAAAUCACUUCCACAUGCUUCGGGAACAGUUUAUCUUACAAGCCAUAGAUUAUUCUAUAUAGAUGAUGCAGAGCCGCAUAAGCAAAGUUGUUUUGUCAAGCUUUCCAUCAUUCGGGAAACGCAAUUCUUUGCUGGAUUUCUGAAGAGUAGCCCAAAAGUGACGAUUGGAUUCAAGCCUAUUCAAGAAGAAGAAAGAAGUGCAAAUGCUACUGAUCGCGAACAAACAGGUGAGGCAAGAGGAUCACUCUCGGUCAAUGCAAAUGGUGGCUCAUCCAGACCAUCAAGAAAGUCACACGACUCCAGUCAGAAUCAGGAUUGGCGUUUGAACGCCUCAGUUGUUGAUGCAAGUGCUGAUGCAUUGCCGACAACGUCAUGGAUUUGUCGAGUGUGCGCAUUUAGCAACACAUUUGAUCCUGGUCUCAAUCAAAGUGCGACAGUUCGUUGUGCACUUUGUGGUGUUACGAGUGAUGUGAAAGAUUUAAAGCUCAAAACGGCCGAAAAUGCCACCACUUCUGCAAAUUCCAAUCCCACGUCAACUGCACGAAGAGGUGCACCGACAACUUCUGUUCCUGCUCCUCCUUCAGAUGGAGUAUCAUGUCCGGUCUGUACAUUCUCCAAUCAUCCGUCUAUGCUACGAUGCGAGAUGUGUGACUCACCCUUGACGACAGCAGCCGAUAUUGCACAGGCAACUGCAUCAUACGGUCGAUCGACACCAUCUCUAGCUCAAGCGACUCCUACCAGAACACCGAGCAAAACACCAGAGCCUCCGGAAGACAAAGGUGAGACGUAUAAUCAUGUUCGACUCAGCUUCAGAAAAGGUGGUGAUCGACCAUUUUACGAUACGUUAAAGACUACACUUAAGGAGAAAAGAUGGCAAAGAGGUGGUGAACAAGGACCAAAUAGAACUUCUACUGUGCAAACAAAUGCUGCAAGAAGGCGAUUCGCAGGCACGCAGGCUAACAUAGAUGGACGAUCUGCCAAUACAGUCUCGGAUGACGAAGGCAGAGCCUCUACACCUUCUCGAAGGGUGGGAAUUGAAGGUAUCAUGUCCGCUGUCGAUCUUCAAGCGAGAGAAGAUACGAGCGAUAUGCAAGAUGCAUUGAGAGAUCUGGAAGCUUUGAUGACUAGAGCGAAGAAGAUGGUAGAUUUUGCAGAAGCACUCAAUGCAAAGUUGAUCAAGCAAGAAUCUUCUUCACAAACUGUUGAUCACAGGAAUGAUGAAGCGGCCAAUAUGAUUAGAUCUUCUUUGGUUCGUUUGGGUCUGCCAACGCCUGCAAUUACUUCGGAUAUGGCAAAAGAUGAGAUGGAAUAUUAUACGCAACUAGCAAAAGAGUUGGCAAGUUUGCUAUAUGCACCGAGAAAACCACUUAUUGGAAAAGGGAAAGUGUUGAGUUCUCCCAGAUCGGACCUUGAACAAUCACAAGUUGUAGCAUUGUCAGCCAAACUGAUACAACCUGAGUCUGAUCGUAAAGAAGGUCAAGGUAUAAUAUCCUUGGAUGAGAUUUGGUGUAUAUGGAAUCGUGCUCGUGGUGUUGCAUUAGUUUCACCAAAGGAUUUACUAGCAGUUUUGCCUUUGUUGGGUAAAUUGACAUCGCCAACAAUUACAUGCAAAACAUUCCCAUCUUCCGGAUUGAAAGUGUUGCACACUCCAAGAUUUUCAGAAGCCAAUUUGAACUUUCGGCUGUGUGCCUUACUUCAACAACGUCAGCAACCUGAACAGGAUUCUCAACAACAGAAUGCUGCCACUCUUGUCGAAUCUAGUUAUGCUUCAAUCACCACUUUGGAACUGGCUCAGAUUGAAGCUUGCCCCUUGCACUUGAUGAACGAGCUGCUCAGCGAUAUUGAAUUCAACCUCGGGGACAUUGUUCGCGAUGAAAGUGCAGGUCAAGAUUAUUGGUACCUGAAUCCUUUCAAGGUGAUGUCGUAAAUAGUACUACUCCGAGGUGCAAUCUUUCGCUUUCUCCUGCCGCAAACACAUUUGUAAUACUACUCAACCCCAUCAGGCUUGCAAUUCUGUAUUUGUAAAAUAUACGAUUCUGCGUGAGAGUGAAAGGAAGGAAACACGAUAAUAGAC